AGUAUGAAUUAAGCACGUGUUAACGAUUAGCGUGUGUGUGUCCCCCUCCACUCACUCACUCACUUACUCAUUCACUCACUCAGGGUCUCUCUCUUCUCUGCUGUUGCUUUUUCUACCGUCGCUGUUGCCGUCGUUAGCCCAGUAUUGAGCUACCAGCUGACCUACUUUUCUCUCCUCAGCCUCUCACUGCUGUUUACAAGCCUGUAUGUGGCAGCAGCAGCAGUGGAGGAGGAGGAUGUUGGAGUCCGGAGGCUGGAAAAACACACGGACACAAGCGAACCGAGCACGACAUACGACAUUAGCCACUAUGUUAUGUUGUUGAAGAAGAGAGACUGCUCAGCGGAGAUUCACAACAGCACCUUAUUCACUUCUAGACCUGGUUAUUCAAUAGAAGGCUUCGCCUCCUGUCGCCUCCUGUCACUCAGUCAGACGCUGGAGCUGCUAGCUGCUCUCCGCUACUAUGUUCUACUUUCCUCCUUUUUUAAAAAGAUAACAAAAAGAAACAUGGCAGAAAGGAUUAAAGUUAAACGCUGAAGUGUGUGUGUUUUCUGCGCGGGAGCCGUUUUCAAGGAUUUGGUGUUUCUCUGCUAUCUUGGUGGCAGUGGUGGGCAGCUGGUCUGCUGUAGAAUUUUCCAGAACAGUGUUUGGACAAGGAGCUCGGAUGGGACUCAGAAGACUUCAGAAAGUGCCUGGUUGGGAAAGGGUGUGAAUAUGGACAACCUCUCUGACUUUGGUGUCCCCUGCUCGUCCGCCCACGGGGAAUGGGACACCAGCAGCUGCAUGGACGACUUGAUUGAUGAGGAUGAGAAAGACAGGGCAAAAAGGGCAUCCCGGAACAAAUCGGAAAAGAAAAGAAGAGACCAAUUCAAUGUGCUCAUCAAGGAGCUGUGCACUAUGCUGCAGGGCCAAGGACAUCCACGCAAGAUGGACAAGUCCACCAUAUUACAGAGAACUAUCGACUUCUUGCAGAAACAGAAGGACAUCACUGCACAGAAUGAAACCUGUGAUGUGAGACAGGACUGGAAGCCUUCGUUCCUUAGUAAUGAGGAGUUCACACAGCUGAUGUUGGAGGCCCUGGAUGGUUUCUUGAUUGCACUAACCACCGAUGGAAACAUCAUAUACGUAUCUGACAGCGUGUCUUCACUUACUGGCCAUUUACCAUCAGAUAUGGUGGACCAAAAUAUCUUGAAUUUCCUCCCGGAGCGGGAACAUGGGGAGGUGUAUAAGCUGCUCUCAUCCCACAUGCUGAUGACUGACCCCAUUGCUACAGACUAUUUUGACAAUGAGGCACAAAUUGAAUUUUGCUGUCAUCUCGCCAGAGGUAACAUUGACCCAAAAGAGCCGCCUGUGUAUGAAUACGUCAAGUUUGUUGGAGAUUUCAAGUUUCACAACAAUGUGCCUAGACCUUCUUGUAACGGGCUUGACAUGACCUUACCAAGAAGCCUGCAGUCAGCCCUGGAGGAGCAGGUCUGCCUCAUUGCUACUGUACGAUUAGUCACUCCACAGUUUCUUAAGGAUUUGUGUAACGUGGAGGAUCCGUGUGAUGAAUUCACUUCCAGACACAGCCUUGAAUGGAAGUUCCUGUUUUUGGAUCACAGAGCUUCACCAAUCAUUGGCUACUUACCCUUUGAGGUUCUAGGAACGUCUGGCUAUGAUUACUAUCAUGUCGAUGACCUGGAGCUAAUAGCUCAGUGUCACAAUCAGUUAAUGCAGUUUGGGAAAGGUAAAUCCUGUUACUAUCGCUUCUUGACCAAAGGUCAGCAGUGGAUUUGGUUGCAGACUCACUACUACAUCACGUACCACCAGUGGAACUCCAAACCUGAGUUCAUUGUCUGCACUCACACUGUUGUCAGUUAUGCCGAAGUGCGAGCUGAAAGGAGGAGAGCGUUUGGCCUUGAGGAGCUGUCUCCACCCGAGAAUGCUCCCUCCUCUGUGAAGGCUCAGGAGCUGUACUUGGACAUCUGCUCCACACUGAACCCUACACCAGACAGAAACAGUGGUGCUCGUUCAGUAUCGUCCCACAGCUCACGGAAGUCCUCCCACACGGCACUUUCAGACUCUGCAUCAGCUAACUCCUACACAGAGGCCUGCACUCCAUCAUGGCAGUCUGCCUCCAUUACAACAGAGAAGACAUCUGCCAGACUCCAGUCCAGUGGUUCAAAGCAACAGCAAACCAAGCAGCAGCAGCAUCAGCAGCAACAGCAACAGCAGCAGCAGCAGCAGCAGCAGCAGAAGCAGCAGUCUUCGUCCAUGUAUCAGCUGCAGGAGCCUCAGCUCGGCAUCAUGAACCAGCUGAAGGAGCAGCUGGAGGAGAGGACACGGAUUCUGCAGGCCGACAUUAAGACACAGCAGCAGGAGCUGCAUGACAUCAAGGAGAAACUUCAGCUGGCUAACAUCCAGAUGUUGUUACAGCAGCCUGUCAAUGACUUUGGCCCAGCCCAGCAGCAGCAGCAGCAGCAGCAGCCUCAGCAGCAGCCUCAGCAGCCUCAGCCUCAGCAGCAGCAGCAGCAGCAGCAGCAGGGCCCGGGCAGUGUGACCCAGCACAACCAGGCAGGGGUCAUCAGACAAUUGUCAGGCCCUCAGCCCAAAAAAGCAGCAGGCUGUGGGGCCCACUCUUCAUCCCCACACUCACUCCUGAGAGAGAACAGCUCUCCCUUGGCAACACAGGUGCAGCAGAGGAUCGCUCGAGGCGGGCAGGUGUCAGUGAGUCUGCCUGUACAGACCAACACCAGUCUGACCAUGCCCUUCUACAGCAACCCCAUGAUGUUCUCUCAGACCAACACCAGACCUGUGCAGGACGCAAACCAAAGACACACAGACACUGAGUUCAACCAGGAUGGACAGCUACGCAUGCUUCUCAACCAACCAAUGCAGACGCUGGUUCCUACAAGCACUGUCAAUUCACAGCCUUCCCAGUGCAACAUGGGCCUCUCCCAAGCCAUAUACACGCUGGAGCAGCAGAUCAUUGCCCCGUCGUUCUCCAUGCAACAGGUCAACUGCAACGCCGUCCUGGUGCCGUCUCCGGUCUUCACGUCCCCAAUCAUGUUCCCACACAACAGUUUCAUCUCCCCCCAGUCCCAGUCAGCGUACCACACCCAGCCGCAGGCCUCGCAGCACCCGCUGCAGCUGCAGCAGUCCCAGCAGUUCUUUCAGAUGACUCAAGGACUUGUACCCAGUGGGUCUACUCCAGCAUUCUUACACACCACUAAUGUCCCACAGCAAAGCACUGUGGGAUACAUCCAGCAACAGCCGCAAACACAGCAACUACCACAAGCGCAGCAGCAGCAGCAGCAGCAGCAGCAGCAGCAGCAGCAGCAGCAGCAGCAGCAGCAGCAGCAGCAGCAAAGGCAAUACCAACAUUCCCAAAACCAGACUGGCAGUGUUUCAGACUUCAGAAAUAUGCUCACUCGGUAGCGCUGUGGACUGCUCUAGCGUGGCGCGCUCCCCUCUGUGUUGUUGCGUCGUAGGCGGCAGCACACUGUGGCAUUUCCAGUCAAAGUUGACGUCAAGUUCCGCUGCAGAAACGCUUGAAAAGUGGGGAAAAGGCUUAAAGCCUUCACCUUUGAUGUGAAGCAGCCUGACGAGAAGAAGGAGUGGAAUUGAAAAAGAAGCCACGAGCAGAGGCGGCUCUGAGCUGCAGGAGACCGAGGACAGUCUGAGGUUCUGGGCCACGGCACGCUCACUCAUCCAUGAAAGACACUGCUGAGACAUGUCAAUUAUCAGAAACUCUCAAGAGGAAAGUCACAUGUUUACAUGUGGAUAUGUUGAUCCAACACAGAGAGUUUCCUUUCAAGUGUCAGUUUGCACUUUUGUAACCGCCUCCCACCCUAAAGUAGAAUAUUUAUUUCUUCACUAAUAAUGGAUCAGUUCUUCAGCCCCACACAGUGACCUGAGCUCAGUGCUGGCCAGAGUUUCAGCUCUCGUGAGAAGGAGAAACAGGCAGCUGACAUAUAUACGCGUCUGACGCUUGGUGCUAAAGGUAGCUAUCGGAGGUUAGCAGAGCAGUGUCGGUCAUGUCUAACUACGAAGGAAGAGUUGUUAAUGUUGCUAUGGUGAUGUGAUUGCACUUUCUCUGACAAAAAGAGGAGAAAACAGCCUUGUUUGAGAGUCCAGUUAAGUGUUAACUUGAUUUUAUUAAUUAUAUGCACACUUGUCACUUCCUGGUUUUCUCAAAGCUAGCCCGAGUAUUUGUGGUAAGCUGUCAGCCAAAGAUGCAGAGAUGAAGAGGAGGUGUCUGCAGAGGUUCACCAAGUUGCUGAAAUGUAUUUAGCAUUUAAGGCCAUGUUGAAUCCCUCAGAGAUAACUACUAAAACGUAAAAGUACUGAAAGACAUUAUAAACAUUUUCCCUCAAAGGUCCAAUUUUCCCCUUAGCAACAACUGACCGAAGCACAGGGGGCUUAAACUCAAAUGACCUGGGGGCCUCUGAGUGUCUAGUUUGGUCAGUAGGGGGCCAGUCAAGUCAAAAAAGAGUCCAACUUUUUGAAAAAAAGUCAUCAAAAUAAGUAUGAUACUUCCCAUAAUUUCAAAAUAAAAGUGGAACAACAAAUAGUUCACAAUACAAAUGUAUUUAUGAUGCAAAAUGAAUCUAUUAAUAAAAACAAACCCAUAGAGAAAUAA